AUACUAUUCGGACAGAGCAGGGAGGAAGAGGGGCGCCUUUUGGGAACAUUUUAAGAACGAGCCUAACGUGACCCUAAAACAUGAGUCCCAUAAAGGCAAACGUAGCGGUGGUUCCUUCAUUUUGUGUUAGGGAGGAGGAUGUGGGAGGGGAUCCAUGAAAAUACACCAUAGAAGAGGCUGUGUUUAAGAUCAUGUCAACACCAAAGAUUUCAUGGCUGCUUUGGGUUGUGCUUUUGUUUCAUGGACGCACAACCUCCCAGUCUUGAGGCUGACAAUGAGGGUGGGAAGCUCAGGUUUCUUUCAUGACUAGGAAAAAAGAAAAUAGUUGAAAACCAGCUUUUCCUUCUCCCGUCACCUGCUUUCCAUCUUUUUCUGGCCCAAGGUUGAUUUUUCUAUUGAAAGCAUUGGUGACAGCCUCGGUUGUUAGCAGUGCCUACGCAGUCUGCAGAGUUGGAAAAGCAAAUGCAGUUCUAAAGUGCAUACAGGAUAAUAUCCUAUUAUCAGUAUGGCAGAUGACAAUGAAGAAUUGCCAGCAGAGGAAGAUCUGCCUGAAACAGAAGAAAAUUUGGAACAGCUGAGCAUGGGCAGCCCACCUGAACGGAGUGGUCAUGUGGCUGUUACUGAUGGAAAAUGCAUGUUUGUUUGGGGUGGAUAUAAGAAUGCUCAAGUGAGGGGCAUUUAUGACUUCUAUCUGCCAAGAGAUGAAAUCUGGAUCUAUAACAUGGAAACUAAACAAUGGACAAAACACAGAACAACGGGAGAUGUGCCUCCCUCUAUGUCAGGAAGCUGUGCUGUCUGCAUGGACAGGGUUUUUUAUCUGUUCGGAGGGCACCAUGAUUGUGGCAACACAAAUAAGUUCUACAUGCUAAAUUCCAGAUCAAAUGACGGAGUGUUGCAGUGGAUCAAAGUGGACUGCCAGGGUAUUCCUCCAUCAUCAAAAGACAAGCUCGGAGUAUGGGUUUAUAGAAAUAAACUUAUAUUCUUUGGUGGCUAUGGCUAUUACCCAGAUGUGGAGCAGAUUGGGACCUUUGAGUUUGAUGAAACCUCUUUUUGGAAUUCAGGUCUUCCCAGAGGGUGGAAUAAUCAUGUACAUGUCCUAGAUACGGAGUCAUUUACUUGGAGCCAGCCUGUGACUACGGGUAAAUCACCAUCACCCCGAGCAGCCCAUGCUUGUGCUACAGUUGGAAACAGAGGAUAUGUCUUUGGAGGCAGAUACCGAGAAUCUAGAAUGAAUGAUCUUUAUUUUCUUAAUCUGGAAACAUGGGAAUGGCAGGAGAUAGUUGUGCAGGGCAUUUGCCCUGUUGGACGAUCUUGGCAUUCUUUAACCACCAUUUCCUCAGACCAUCUCUUCCUCUUUGGUGGCUUCACCACUGACAAGCAGCCACUCAGUGAUGCCUGGAUCUAUUGCAUCAGUAAAAAUGAAUGGAUACAGUUUGAACACAACUAUUUAGAGAAACCUCGACUCUGGCACACUGCCUGUGCAAGCGAUGAGGGAGAAGUGAUCGUCUUUGGGGGCUGUGCCAGCAAUUUACUUGCCCAUCACAAAGCGGCACAUAGUAAUGAGAUACUUGUGUUUUCUCUUCAACCCAAAUCCCUGGCAAGAUUGUGUUUAGAGACCGUUAUGUGCUUCAAAGAAAUCCUGGCCAGUUCCUGGCACUGCCUUCCCAAGCACCUGCUCCACAAACUCAACCAGCGCUUUGGUAGUAACAACACAUCUGGAUCAUAGGGAGAAUCUGCACUGGUCAUACUGUAUAUAGAUGGCCUUUCUAUAAAAAGAUGUAAUAAUUUUACCAUCCCUGAAUGACAAAAUGACAUUUGUAUAGAUUAAAUGUUCUUGUGUUGUAAUUAGUGGCAACAUUGCUUUGAUGUCUUUUUGACUGCAUGUGAAUAGCUUAGAAAGAGAACCUAUUUUUGUGUAAAAUUUGGUUGCAAUAAAUGUUAUUAUUUAAUGCAA